CAGCCAUUAGACCGCGUACCUUGACGAAGGGGCCGCUUGACUCAGAUGAUCCACUAUCACCGCAAGGCUCGGGUCUGACAUCACCUGCCCAAGGAAGUCCCAGGCCGGGAUCGAGACAACCACGCUCGCCCGCUCGAUCCCCGGUGCCAUCAGCGUCAGCGGCCGCCGCAUCCGCCGCCGCAGCAGGAACAGGCACCCCAGUCAUGGACUCUGCGCCGUUGACGUCCAAGGACUUCUCCUUCCUCCUCAAGCCAGAAAUCUACCACCAAAUCUCGCCGCUCUCCAUCCCCGCGCCCUUCCGCACACCAUCACGGCAGCCCGCCCCAGAAACACCAAUCCCAGACCUCCUCGCACAGGGCCACUUCCGCGCAGCCGCGAUAGCAGCAGUCCAGGCACUAACGAGCAGCCCCGUGUCGAUAACGCAGGCCGCGGCACACCCACCCGUCGAGCCAACCGACCACGCCCGCGUCUUCAGCCUGCUAUACACGCGGCUCUCGUGCCUGUGUCUGAUUGAUGCGGUGGCCCUGGCGGCGCAGGAAGCAAAAGCCCUCGAGGACCUCAACUCGGCCUUCUAUCUCGACCCGCUGACAGGGGCGCACCUGGUCCCAUGGGAGCUGCGCCUGCUCGCCGUGCGACUGCAGACGCUCGGGUUCGGCGACCCGCGGAGGGCCGUGGUCAGCUACUACGAGCUCGCGCGGGAUGCGCGGCUCGAGAUCGGCAAGGCUGUAAAGGCGCGGGACCACUCGGCCGCGGAGCUGUGGCGGGAACGACUCGCUAAUCUCGGAGUCAAGGUUGCUGGCGCGCUAGUCGAGCAGGAGGACUUGCUGGGUGCGGCGGAGCACUUGAAGACCUUGAAGGACGGCGCAGGCAGAGGAGCGCAGAGGUUGGCCAUGAGCAAGGCCCUACUGUGGUUGCACAUUGGUGACGUCGAGCAGGCUCGGCGAUGCAUUGUGCCAAGUGCCGCUGGGAUAGGCAAGGGGGAAGCUAGUGUUGCAGAACGAGUCCUCGAGGCGCUGGCCGACAUGGCAGACGGGGAAUACGACCACGCCCUCCAAGCAUGGACAGAGCUCAAGCAGGACCUUGACAACGAUAGUCGCGAAGCAGCAGGCGAGACGAACGGUGGCAACAGCGGCGCGAGCGACGAGAUGAUUGGUGUCAACCUGGCCGUAUGCCUGCUCUACGUUGGCCGCAUGGAGGAGGUAAGUCCUUAUGUCACUGCGGUCCUCCUCUCAGGUGCUCAGCACCAUCCCCAACAACCCAUGGGCGGCGUGACGCUGUCCCCGUGCUCAACACGGCGAGGCAGUUGUCAUGUUAAAUGCCAGAGCAACUAUGGUACUAACCCUCUCUUCCUUGGUAGGGCCGGCAAAUCCUCGAGUCUCUGGUCUCCCAAGGCAACUACUCCUCGCACACGCUCCUCUUCAACCUGAGCACAAUGUACGAGCUGUGCACCGACAGGGCAAAGUCACUGAAGCUCCAGCUCGCGGAGCGCCUCGCGUCGAGGAGCAGCAACACAACUGCGAUGGGCAGUGGGGGAGGCUUCGGGGCGGCGCGUCAGGGCUGGGAGAAGACGAAUGCAGACUUCAAGCUCUAGGCGGGCUAUGAUGAGAAUGCUUU